AUGAGCUGCAAGAUGCUCGGCCUCCUCGCCCUGCUGCUGGCCCCCCUCGCCCGCGCGCGCCUGCGCGGCUUCCCCGCGGCCGGGGCCGCCGCCUGCGGGGGGCCGGGCCCCUCCGCGGAGGCGGGGGCGGAGGCGCCCGACAGCGGCUUCGACGAGCUUGCGCUGCUGCAGGGGGAGGUGGAGCCCGCCCAGGGCACGCACGAGAAGACGGUGCAGGAGUGGCUCGAGCACUGGGACGACCACAAGACCCACAUCUCGGCGGCGAGCGAGAGGGUGCUGCAUAACGAGACGGUCGCCGCGCAGCUCGCCAAGAUCGCCGCCGGCGCCUGCGACGACGACCCGCACUGGCAGGACGCCGACGGCGACGGCUGCGAGAUCUACAAGUUCGCUAUCGAAUCUGGGAAGAUGACGCAGGAAGUCGCCUGCGGCGGCGGCGGCGAGGCCCGAUCGGCCCCCGGACUCCGCGGCGUCCGGGUCGCCGCGGACGCCACGGCCCGGGCCUUCUGCCCGGCCACCUGCGGCGCGUGCCCGCGCCCCGCGCCCCCGGCCGAGCCCGCCGCGGAGCCCCUGGAGGACGACGUGACGUUCCUGCAGGUGGGGGUCAGCUCGUCCGAGGCGCCGCCAAAGUCGACGGCCUCCUGGCUGAGCCACAUGCAUGACCACCGCUCGAGGAUCUCGGACGAGGACCGCGUCCUGCACAACGAGACGGUGGCGUACCAGCUGCAGCGGCUGGAGCUCGAGAGGCAGGGUGGCCACGGCUGCGUGGACGACCCGCACUGGCGCGACGCCGACGGCGACGGCUGCGAGAUCUACAGGUUCGCGGUCGAGUCGGGGAAGACCACGCGGGACCUGGUCUGCGGCGGCGGCGGCGAGCAGGCGGCGCCCGCGCGCCUCCGCGGGGGCCGCGUGAGGGUCGUCGCCGACGCCACCGCGAGGGUCUUCUGCCCCGUGACGUGCGGCCUCUGCUGA